AAGGAUCCCCAAGGAUAUGGUUUUUUCUUUGCCAGGCUUUCACUUCCAAAAGUGAUGUCAGGGAAAGCUUUAAGAGAUCUCAACACAGUACCUAUAUCUGAGAGGAAGAAUGAAAACUCUAGUAAAGGGUGUUUUGCUAAGCCCCAAGCUGAGCAAGGAGAUGGUAAAGAAAGGCAUGGAGAGAAUAAUGCCUACUUAGUUGGAACUCCCAUAAGCAUAGAUGAAAGUAUAAAAUCUGAGGUUGAGGUGGGAAACUCAGAAGUUGAAUACAUUGAAUCUGAAAAUCUGAAUGAUGUGGAAGAUGUCAGUACGAGUCUCAAGACACUUUUGACUGGACUGGAUUCUAAAGACUGGGUUUCGGUAUGUGAGGCUCUCAAUGAUGUACGCCGAUUUGCAAUUUUUCAUAAGGAAGCAAUGGUCAGCUUGCUGGAGAAUGUGAUCCCCCUCAUUGUAAAAUCUUUGAAGAAUCCAAGAAGUGCUGUUUGUAAAACUGCAAUUAUGACAUCUGCAGAUAUCUUUAGUGCAUACAGCGAUCGCAUAAUCGAUUCUUUGGACCCUCUGCUUGUUCAGCUUCUACUGAAGUCUUCCCAAGACAAACGAUUUGUAUGUGAGGCAGCCGAGAGAGCUUUAAUAGCUAUGACCACUUCUGUUUCCCUCUUGUUGUUACCAAAAUUGCAGCCCUAUCUUAAGAACAGGAAUCCCCGGAUUCGAGCCAAGGCUUCUAUGUGCUUUAGUCGAAGUGUACCACAAUUGGGGGUGGAGGGAAUCAAAACGUAUGGGAUUGACAAGUUGAUCCAAAUAGCUGCAUCCCAGCUGAGUGAUCAGCUUCCUGAGUCCAGGGAGGCUGCUCGUACUCUCUUGUUAGAACUUCAGACAGUAUAUCAGAAGUGUCACGUCUUGACAGAGACUGCAGUAACUGAAGAUUCAGAGGUGGGUUCUUGGGAGAACUUCUGUCAGUCAAAGCUCUCUCCUCUAAAUGCUCAAGCUGUCCUUCGCGUGACCAAUAUUGCUCGGGAAGGCCUUGUUUUGGGUUCCUAGCAUGGCGAGCUUUAGUAAGUGCCAUCUUUUUUAAGAGGGGUCAGUUUUCUGUCGCUUGGUUUGAUUCAUUACCUUACUUGUAUAUACCGUGAGACAUCAAGAUGUUUGGAAAAGCGGUUGAAGCAUGUAGUAAAGCAUUAAUCCUAUUAUAGUAUUCACAUUGAGAUUUGACCAUGAGUUUCAACUCUUGCCAUUUGUGGGAUUUCAUUAUAAUAUAAGCGGCCAGUAUUGACAUAA